AUGUGCUUUGAACAACCAGUAGCACAAACAGGUUUCCAUGAUAUCUUACGAGAUAACCUGGUCAAAUUAGAAAAUAGCGUAAUAAACAAAAACUACUGCGAAGGUACUAUUAAAGUUCGUAAUAUUGCUUUUGAGAAAGCCGUCUUUGUACGUUAUACCUUUAAUAGCUGGAAAACUUGGAAGGACCUUAAAGCCCAAUAUUAUCCCAAUUCCUGUACAGGAUACAGCGACACGUUUAUUUUUCGUAUUAUUGUGCCGGUAGAGGGUGUAGAAAUGGUAGAAUUUGCUAUCUGUUUUCAAUGUCAAGGCAUUCAACAUUGGGAUAACAACUUGGGUAAAAAUUAUUGCAUUAAAUGUUCUCCAGUUUGGAUUCGAAUUUGA